AUGGGUCUGGCGAAGGAUGGCGCCGAGUUGGAGGAAGGAUCCUUGGAGAUUGGCAUGGAGUAUAGAACUGUCUCUGGUGUGGCAGGACCGUUGGUUAUCUUGGACAAAGUAAAGGGCCCUAAGUAUCAGGAAAUUGUGAACAUUCGAUUGGGAGAUGGCACUACUCGUCGUGGUCAGGUCCUGGAAGUCGAUGGUGAAAAGGCUGUUGUGCAGGUCUUUGAAGGUACCUCAGGAAUAGACAACAAGUAUACUACUGUGCAGUUUACUGGCGAGGUCUUGAAAACUCCUGUCUCACUUGAUAUGCUUGGACGCAUUUUUAAUGGUUCUGGCAAACCCAUUGAUAAUGGUCCCCCGAUAUUGCCUGAGGCUUACUUGGAUAUUUCUGGAAGUUCUAUCAAUCCCAGUGAGAGAACCUAUCCAGAAGAGAUGAUUCAAACAGGAAUAUCCACCAUUGAUGUGAUGAACUCAAUAGCACGAGGGCAAAAAAUUCCUCUCUUUUCUGCUGCUGGUCUUCCUCACAAUGAAAUUGCUGCUCAGAUAUGUCGUCAGGCUGGUCUUGUUAAAACUCUGGAGAAAUCUGGCAAGCACAAGGAGAGUGGUGUUGAGGACAACUUUGCCAUUGUGUUUGCUGCUAUGGGAGUAAACAUGGAAACUGCCCAAUUUUUCAAACGUGACUUUGAAGAAAAUGGCUCAAUGGAACGGGUUACCCUUUUUCUGAAUCUGGCAAAUGAUCCCACCAUUGAACGGAUCAUCACUCCUCGUAUUGCUCUGACAACUGCAGAAUAUUUGGCAUACGAAUGUGGGAAACAUGUUCUUGUCAUUCUUACAGACAUGAGUUCAUAUGCAGAUGCUCUUCGUGAGGUCUCAGCAGCACGAGAAGAGGUGCCUGGUAGGCGUGGUUAUCCUGGGUAUAUGUAUACUGAUCUGGCAACCAUAUAUGAGCGAGCUGGGCGUAUUGAAGGAAGAAAAGGCUCAAUUACUCAAAUUCCCAUCCUAACUAUGCCUAAUGAUGAUAUCACACAUCCAACUCCAGAUCUUACUGGAUACAUUACUGAAGGGCAAAUAUACAUUGAUAGACAGCUCCAUAAUAGGCAGAUAUAUCCACCCAUCAAUGUCCUGCCAUCUCUCUCGCGGUUGAUGAAGAGUGCUAUUGGGGAGGGUAUGACACGUCGAGAUCAUUCAGAUGUGUCUAAUCAGCUUUAUGCCAACUAUGCCAUUGGGAAGGAUGUUCAAGCUAUGAAAGCAGUUGUUGGAGAGGAAGCGCUUUCAUCCGAGGAUCUGCUCUAUCUAGAAUUCCUUGACAAGUUUGAGAGGAAGUUUGUAACUCAAGGUGCAUAUGACACCCGGAACAUUUUCCAGUCACUUGACCUGGCAUGGACAUUGCUUCGCAUAUUCCCUCGUGAACUUCUCCACCGUAUUCCUGCAAAGACCUUGGAUCAAUACUACAGCAGGGAUGCCACCCAUUGA